AUGUUGCUCCCCGAUGUUUUGGGGACGUUUUCCCUCCAAGCCCUUGUGUCUGGUCAUUAUGAACUAUUGGUAUCCCUUCUCACAGCUUCAGCGCUGCUCGUCGUCUAUGCGGCCAUGGGAGAGAGUUCCUGCGGCAGGGGUGGCUUUCCCAUCGCCAAUCCUACGCGUGUUUUCGAAUUCUCCUCCAUAUUUCGUGUCGUCGCCUUCAUACGAUCGCCCAGGGACCUCCUCAGAUCGUUCGCUGAGAGGUACCGCGACACGCCGUAUUGGCUCAACAUGGAACUGGGCAAAGUUCUUGUCUUGCCUGCCCAUAUGAUCAACGAGAUCCGUGUCAACCCCAUGAUGAGCAGCUUGGCUGCAAUCCAGGAGGUGAGUCGCGCCGCCUUGGUUCAAAUCGAAAUGCAAUGGAAGCUGACAUUACACAAGGUCCAGAAUGGUUCCCUGAAGGGAUUCGAGCCGAUUGGCGACGUGCUCGACGAUCAAAUGCUUAAACUAGUGAAGGAGCACUUGACGACCAAGAACAUGGGUAUGUGCAUCAUGAUACCAUCCAUUUCCGAAGAGGUUUCCGACAGCCUGUCGCUCAUUUUCUCCGACUCUUCUGAUUGGAAGGAGUUCCAACUAGGUGAACCCAUCAUUCGCCUCGUUGCCCGAACGUCAUCUAGAGUCUUCGGAGGCAAGACCUUCUGUCGCAGUGAGGCUUGGCUUAAGGCCAUGGCCAAGUACACGAAGCACUUCUUGCUUGCCAGUAUUACCCUGAGAUUCUUCCCUACUUGGAGCAAGUCUCUCGUCCAGUGGAUACUCCCUCCUUGCUGGUUGCUGAGAUCCAACCUUGUGAAUUGCCGCCGGGUGAUUGAACCGAUUCUGGAGCAGCGCCAGGCUGAGGUCGAGCGCGCACAAGAGAAUGGCGAGGACGUUGAGUAUGCUUUUGACCAAGCAUUGACCUCGCUCGAUAGGGAUAUCGACAUGGCCACAGCACACAUCAGCUUAGCCAUGGUUGCCAUUCACACCACGGCAGACCUACUAGAGAAGACAAUGCUGGCCCUUAUUGAGCAUGAUGAACUCAUCGAGCCACUGCGCCAGGAGGUCAUGAGCGUCCUUAGUACCCAUGGUCUGAGCAAUGCAGGAUUGGCCGGUCUCACACUGAUGGACAGUGUGCUCAAGGAGACCCAGAGAAUGAACCCUGUCGCAAACAGUUUUCUUAACCGCAUUGCUCUCGAAGACUUUCAGCUGUCCAACGGCAUGAUUAUCCCCAAAGGCACGCUUCUCGGCGUUGGCCCUACUCACAUGUGGGACAAUUCCUUUUACGAGAACGGCGAUAAAUUUGACGGCUAUCGCUUCCUCCGAAUGCGUGAGGACCCGGAAAAACGGCAGCAGUCCUACUUGGUCAGUACCAGUCCGCAUCAUCUCGGCUUUGGUCACGGUUCGCACGCUUGCCCCGGCCGGUUUUUUGCCGCCAAUGAGAUCAAAAUCAUCUUGUGUCACCUGCUCCUCAAAUACGAAUGGAAGAUACUGGGGGAAGGACCGCAUAUCAUCAACCUGGGAGUACUGAACGCAGCGUACCCAUGGACGAAAUUGCAAAUACGCAGGAGAGCGGAGACAUUGAAUCUCGACGAGAUUUUGACUGGGCAUUGA